CAGACAUUUUAUUUUAUGUGAAUGGAGGUAAUAAUCGUAGAGAGAGAGAGAGUCGUAAUCGUGGGGUCCAAAGGCGUAGCGUUUGCAUAAAAGAGAUUCUUCCCCACAUUCGGCCGACCUCUCAUUGCAAUUUGCAUUUUGGCGUCAUUUUUUGAGCUACAAACAAAUUCAAGAAACAGAGUUUUCUGUUAGUUUUUUGGAGGAUACUCCAACACACAAACCUAUGGUUGUACUGUUAAGUAUUAACCCCAAAAAGAUUCAUUAAUUCAUCAUCUUCUCCUGUUGCUCUGCUCUGCGCCGCACACUCACUUUGCAAAGAAAUUUUUACUGAUGAUGUUUGUGACAGUCGGUUUCUGGAGGACGAGGAAGUUCCUCUUCUGGAUUGUUCUGGAAGCAUGGAGGAGGUCUGAGGAUUCCUGAUCAUGGGAGAUGAUGCUUCCUUCAAACCUAAAACCAUGUUGGAAGACAGAGACACCACCACCAAUCUUGAUUUCUCUACCAUGGAUGAUCUCUUGUAUGAUGGAUUCUGGUUACAGACUAGUGAUGAAUCCAACUUCUGGCAGCCUGCUGCAACUGAUUUGAACCCUUCUUUCUUGUUUCCUUGUUCAGAGACCACACAAAAACCCAACCCACCUUUUACCUUCCCAGGAAUGGACGGGAAUGGAGCCUCCAUCCCUUCGGUUUCUCUGGGCCAAUCCACUGAUUUCCUGUUUGAAGAGACUGAAGUGAGCAAGAGGGUGUGGGUGGCGCCAAGCAGGAACCCGACCCGCUCUGUCUCGGUGAGGAAGAAGCUGGUGCAGGCUGUCAACCACCUCAAGGAUUCCAUAAGGGAGAGCGAUGUCCUCGUUCAAAUCUGGGUUCCUGUCAAGAGAGGGGGCAAACAAGUCCUCACAACUAAUAACCAACCCUUUUCGCUCAAUCCAAACUGCAAGAACCUUGCAGAGUAUAGGGACGUUUCCCGGAAUUACCACUUUGCAGCAGAUGAGGACUCCAAGGAGUCCACUGGCUUGCCCGGUCGCGUCUUCUUGAAGAAGUUGCCUGAUUGGACUCCGGAUGUUCAGUACUUCAAACGAGAGGAGUACCCGCGCAAGAAUCAUGCCCAGCAGUGUGAUGUCAGAGGAUCACUCGCGCUUCCAGUUUUUGAACGAGGUAGCGGCAAGUGCUUGGGUGUGGUUGAAAUCGUCACCACCAGUCUCAAGGUCAAUUAUCGCCCCGAACUUGAGAAUGUCUGCAAAGCUCUAGAGGCUGUUGAUUUGAAGAGUUCAGAUAUAUUGCAACAAGGUCCACCCAAUAUAGAGGACUGCAACGAGUCGUACCAAUCCGUGCUGAUGGAGAUCAGGAACGUGUUGAGAUGCGUAUGCGACACACAUAGGUUGCCGUUGGCACAGACAUGGGCUCCAUGCGUUCAACAAGGCAAAGGGGGUUGCCGGCACUCGGAUGAGAACUACACACAUUGUGUUUCGACACUGGACUCCGCCUGCUACGUUGCUGAAGAAGAGGUUGCAGGCUUCCAUGAGGCCUGCUCUGAGUAUCACUUGCUCAAAGGUGAAGGCAUUGCCGGGAAAGCUUUCCUGACAAAUCAGCCUUGUUUCUCGCCGGACAUCACGGAGUUUAGCAAAACAGAAUAUCCCUUAGCGCAUCACGCCCGGGUGUUUAGGUUGCACGCUGCUGUAGCAAUACGGCUCAGGAGUACGUACACAGGGGCUGCUGAUUUCGUUCUCGAGUUCUUCUUGCCCAUAAACUGCAGAGAACCCGAAGAUCAGAGACAGAUGCUCGACUCAUUAUCAUCUGUAGUGGAACGAACUUGCCACAGCUUGCGUGUAGUAACAGAUCAGGAGUUGGCUCGGGAAACAUCAGCUAGAGAAACAUGCAGUAUUUUAUCCGGCAGAUCGGAUGAUGGAAAACGGCCAAGGUUAGACUCGAAAGAAGCACCUUCAUCCUGGAUUACACAAAUGAUGGACCCCCAGCUCAAGGGCAAAAGAGUUGCUGUUGCUUCGGGUUAUGAGAAGGAGGAACCGGGAGAGUUCAACGUGACGACCCAGUGGGAUAAGUCGGGUGCGCCAGCUUUUCUGGAGCAGGACUCUGGAUCGAAAGAUGGCAGUGGAAGCUUCUUCUUUUCGAGUGGACCUCUUCCAGCUGGUGCUAAAAUAAGCACAGAAAAGAGAAGAACAAAGACUGAGAAGAAUAUUAGUUUGCAAGUACUCAGGCAAUAUUUUGCUGGGAGCCUAAAAGAUGCUGCCAAGAACAUUGGAGUGUGCCCAACCACCUUGAAAAGGAUAUGCAGGCAGCAUGGGAUAACUCGAUGGCCUUCUCGGAAGAUCAAGAAAGUUGGCCAUUCAUUGAGGAAACUUCAACUUGUGAUAGACUCAGUCCAGGGCACCGAGGGGUCCAUUCAGCUGAGUUCGUUCUACAACAACUUUCCAGAGCUCAGCUCUCCAAAUGCACCAGAAACGAGCCACUUACCAACAUCGACAGUGGGUGGUGAGCUGCAACAAGGAAACAAUCAGCCCGAGGGUACUUUGUUAAGUCCUGCAACUACUUCCUCUGGCAGCCACAGUUCCAGUUCGAGUUACUGCUGUUCUACUGGGGUGAAGCAGUCGUCCCUCCCAGUCAACGGCUCAAGCAGCGGAGAUGCCUUAUCAGCACAACAGAAUGAAGGGAUGCUCAAAAGAGCACGGAGUGAUGCAGAAUUACAUCAGUUAAGCCAAGAGGAUACAAAGCUUCUCGUUCGAUCAUACAGCCAGAAGAUUUUCAGUGACCAUGCCUCAAAUGAGGCUCCACCUGUGCCAAAAACUAGCAGCAAGGCUCAAGAUGUGGGCUAUUUUAGAGUAAAAGCUGCUUUGGGCGAGGAGAAGAUUCGUCUCACUCUGCAACCACACUGGGGAUUCAGAGAGUUGCAGCAAGAGGUGUUGAGGCGUUUCAACAUAGACAAUGGCAGCAGAGUUGAUCUUAAAUAUCUGGAUGAUGACUCUGAAUGGGUGCUCUUAACCUGCGAUGCUGAUCUUGAAGAAUGUAAGGAUAUACACACAUCGUUGAAGAGCAGAACAAUUAGACUCUCUCUAAAUCAAGCCUAUUAUCAUCCUAGUCUUGGAAGCUCAUUUGGUAGUAAUGGCCCCUUCUGAAGUUUUUCUUACCAUGAAUAAGAAUGUCAGACAACGAACGAGAAUGGGUGUAACAGGCUGUAAUAGUAGGAAUGCAUACAGAAUGGCAACUAUUUCAUGGCCAUCUUAGUAUUCUGUAGACUAGUUAAGUGAGAUAGCGAUGCUAGAUAUUCGCUAUCUCAGAGUGACAUGACUGUGUCUUCGUACAAUAUUUCUUUCUUAAGCAGUGCAAUUGUUACUUGUGUACCAUAAUAUGUACAAAGAGUUUCUCAAGGAUUUAUUUGAAGCCUCUGCA